AUGACGGAGACGUGCAGUCUCCUCUCGGUCAACCAGUCGGACUACGGCGCUGCGGCGUCGAUGGCCCAGUCGGCCCUCGAUUCCGUUGAUCCCAUCACUCUCACCUGGCAGAACAUCAGGUUCUUCCGCUUCCCUCGACCUAUCGAUUUCCUUUUCCAGUGUCAAUGCCAACGGAUCCUCCAAGAAGAUUCUCCAAGGAGUUUCAGGCAUCGCGAAACCAGGUCAACUGAUGGCUUUGAUGGGCGCCAGGUUAUCCAUCUUUUGAAAAUAAAUUAUCGAAGCUUUAGUGGAGCUGGAAAGACAACGCUGCUGAACAUGCUGCUCGCGAGGAACCUCAAAGGCCUUUCGACGGAUGGAAACGUCAGAGUGAACGGCGUCGAGGUGAGGAAAUCUUUCCCGACACUUCAUCCGCUUCUGCAGCUCGGAAAGAAAAUCACUUCGAUCUGUGGCUACGCUCAGCAGGAAGAGCUGUUUGUGGCCACGCUGACUGUGAAGGAAUACCUCAAUAUUCAGGUUGGAAGUUCCAAGACACUCUUUUGAGUUGUUUCCAGGCUCGACUCAGGGUUGACGGAAAUGAGGAGAAGCGGAAUCGACGUGUCUCUGGCGUCAUCAGCCAACUCGGACUUGUCAAGUGUCAGAACACGCGGAUCGGUCAGGUCGGCGUCAAGAAAGGCAUCUCUGGUCGGUUUUCGACUUUUCCUUCUCCCUACAACUCCAGAAUCAGGAGGAGAAGCUCGUCGGCUGACUUUUGCUUGCGAGUUGCUGUCCAACCCGGCGUUGUUGUUCUGCGAUGAGCCGACCACCGGCCUUGAUUCUUUCAUGGCGGAAAGCGUCGUCCAGGUGCUCAGUCGCCUUGCCAAGUCUGGCAGGUUUGACAGCUGAAUUUUUUUUUGUCUCAGAAUUUGAAAUAGUUUUUACCAUUUAUUUACUUCGCCUAACUUUUUUCUUCGUAAUUUCGGAACAAUAAUUUUCCUUUAAAAACGUGGAAGAGUCUUUAUAGUAAUUUGUCACCUUUUUCUCUCAAAAAAAAUUAUGUCUUUUUUUGAAUAAUAUUCACCUCUAAUUUUUUCAAAAUACGGCUACUUCUUACUGAAUUUUUUUUUUGAUUGCACUUUUCUCUCUUUCCCUGAGUCAAUUAGAGCAAUAGAUUUUUUCAAUCAAAUUAAUAAGAUAGAUGGGUUUUUUUAACUGAAACUUAGGAAAAAUAAUGGUUUUGUUUUUCAUGAAAGGUUUCGAUAGUUUUCUUCAGAACUGUGAUUUGCACGAUCCAUCAACCGGCCUCGCAGCUUUACCUGAUGUUCGACCGCGUCAUGUUCCUCGGUAAGUCCACGGCCAAAUGCCAUACUCAGCCUAAGCCUUCAGCCGGAGGACGGACGGCUUUCCUGGGUUCGCCACGAGACGCCAUCCAGGUUUUUCUUCAUCAAGUGCAGAUUGAAACUCUUUCCGACAGUUCUUCGAGAAGUGCGGCUUCCCUUGUCCCCAUAACUACAAUCCGGCCGACCUCAUCAUUCACAAACUGGCAGUCAUUCCCAACGAGGAGACCGAGUGCCGCGACCGCAUUUCCACAAUUUGUGACAAGUUUGCCACCAGGUAACCGAAAUUCUCGUCUCUCGAAGCUGCAAGCGGACAUUUCAGUGAGUAUGGUCAGAUUCUGGAGUCAGACUUGCGGUCGAGCACGACGACGGGGACGCCGCCAGUGGGCCGUCGGAAAGUUGGCGUCGCUACGCAGAUUUCAGCUCUUCUGCGGAGGUUUGAGUAAUUGGAAAUCAUGAAAAACCCAUUUCUAACUUCUUCAUACAGAAAAGCUAAACUUAAUCUCUCAAUAACUUUGACUUUUUUUCUCUAAUUUUAAAAGUUUUGUGAUGCCGCUUUCAAAGCCAUAGUCCGUCCGUCUCGACUUGACAGUUUUCGAGUGUCUGGGUCUCUCUGUUCCCUCACCGGCGAGGGCAGAGAAACAUGGAAAUAGCGGGUCAACAAGAGAGGGUCUUCGAGAGACUAAGAGAGCCCAGAGAAGUCCCGCCCUCGCGAAAAAUGGACUUUACCUUGAUAAAUCUGAGUAAAAGCGGCGAAUUAGAUUGAUGGAACCACUUUAGAAUACUUACCAAAAAUAUUUAACAAAAAGCCCUAGUAUCUAUUUUGCCGCACGAGUCGAAUCAGCUCUGAUUAUGACAUAAAUAUCUAGAAGAUUUAGUUUUGAAAAAAAUUGAAAAUCUCUUCGAAACUAGAUUCAUUCAGAGCGCUCAUCGAUACGUGGCGAAAUCCAUCACUGACUCGAGCGAAAAUCAUUCAAAAAACAAUCAUGGGCCUAUUCAUUGGUCUUCUGUACCUACAGGUUCCCUUAAAAACGGUCCUUGCAUCGUAUUUCUGUUCAGAGUCCCUUAACGUCGGUCGGCAUCAGCAACCUCAACGGAGCACUUUUCUACCUCGUCUGCGAACUCACCUAUUCGACAAUUUUCGGUUCGAGAAGUCGACUAUCCCUACAUUUCAGAUUGUAGGAAUAUUGAACUUCCUUCCGACGGAUUUUCCCCUCGUUUCUCGCGAAUACCACGACGGCCUGUACUCGGUGUUCAGCUACUACAUCGCCCGCUGUAUUUCAUAUUUGCCGUUGUUCACUGCCGAUGGACUGGUGAUGCUGCUGACGAGUUAUUGGCUGGUCGGCUUCUCGAGUUCUCUCUCACAGGUCUCUCAAUCUCCGCUUGCGCCUUUUACAGUAUUCAUCAGGUUCUCUACGCAUGUCUCAUCGCGUUUCUGAUCGAACAAUCGUCCUCAGCUUGUGGAAUCAUGCUCUCAUGUCUCGCUCCCUCACUUCCGGUAGAGUUUCUUCCUUGCUAGACGACCUCCCUCCUUCAGAUCGCAAUGUCAACAGCUGGACCGAUGCUGACGCUUCUUUCACUCACCGGUGGACUAUACGCCAAUGUAGGCUCUCUGCCACCAUACAUCAGCUGGAUUCAGUACCUGAGUUGGUUCAGGUUAAGAGUCAAUAUCUGCCUGAGUAAUAAGGUUUUAUUUUUGAGGUAUGGCUUUGAGGCCUUCGCCAUCAAUCAGUGGUCGAGCGUCGAUGGUCCCAACUCUACUACCUGGACUGAUAAGGUAGCUCUGAUAGAAUUUAUCCACUAAAGUAUGGGUUCAGGAUAGAGACGAGGUUUUGGCGCAGUUCUCUUUUUCGGCCGACAUGUUCUUCCCUGACAUCGGAAUCAUGACAGCGUUUGUUCUGUUUUUCUACGCUGUCGGAUAUUUCGGCCUGACCUAUCGAGUCAGUAAAGCAAGAUAA